AUGUCUAAACAGUGGUUUGUCAGAUUAACAGUUGCCAGUGUCGCGUUCUUCACACAGACUGCUGGUUCUGAUUCGAUGGUAAAAGCGCGCCAAAUGUCAAUUUUGCCAUUUUUUCAAAACUACGGUACUCCUUGGAUUGCCGGUCCUGAAGGACAUCAUUAUCAAUUUCAUCUCAGUAAACAAUCCUGGAACAUGGCUCGAGAAUCCUGUCUUGCUCUAGCUUCCGAUCUCGUUAUUAUCAGUAGUUUGCAACAAAUGAAUUGGUUAAUAUCACACUAUCCACUCAGUAAUUCAAUAAUGCCUGAAAGGACCGUACAAAUUGGACUUGCGCUAGUUAACAAAGAAAACAGUACUAAGAAGGAAUGGAAAUGGGUAAACAAUACACCACUGAAUACUACAUAUUUAGAGUGGGAAAUGGUGGCAAUAAAUAGGACGGAAAAAAAUCUGCAUUCUACUGAACGUGGCCGAUGUGCAUUAUUGAGCAUUGAUAACAGAAUAUUAAAAGCUAUACCGUGUGACCAAACACCGGAUUUCGACUACACAAACCGAUAUAUUUGUGAACGAAGUCAUGAACAGCAUCGUGAACAUGAAAAGAAAAACAAUCCGUUUUACGAAUCAUUUGUGCAAUUAAUAAAUAAGCUACAAAAAGGUGCAGCAGUAAAACCGGAACCACGAACAGUACAACUGCAAAAAGUGAAGACCGAAGUCAUGGAUGUUCAAGGGAAAACGGAAGACUUAUCAUUUAUUAGCCGGAUGAAAGAAAAUUUUACUAACGAGAACAAGAAAGACCGCCUUACAAUGAUCCAAAAAAUUCCUGUAAAAGAAACUUUAACAACUACUGAUCCGAAUGUCAAAGGAAUUGACGAAAUCGAACAAAAGGCACAAGAGAAGCAAAAGGGAGAAGAAAAAGAUAAAACUGCUAAUGGAAAUGAGCCUCGACCAAAGAAUUUUGCCGCGAAACUAAAAUCGAUAGUGCGUAAAGAAAAUACCAAGAAUAUUGAAGAUGUGCUCUUGGCUAAUAGAAUAGAAAGUGGUUUCAAACACAACGUUACAAUUUCAACUAACUCAACAAAUCCACCGAAGCAAAAGUCCCAACAGUCCGAUGAGUUUUGUAACGAAAAUGACAUAGCACAAAAAGAUACACGGCAAUGGUAUGAACAAUUCGGCGAUAUCUUUCGAAAUCUAAAUUUGUUUCUCAAGCAAGAAAAAAGCUCAGACUUACGCGCGCUGCUUGAUAAUAACGAUACUAACAAGACUCUAGUAGAACGCCUUAAAGAGGCACUACAUACCAAAAAUAAAACAGUAAUGAGUAAACCCGAUAUGACUGAAAUAAAAAAGACGUCGCAUAAUGGGAUCGAUAACCAGCCACAGUUCGAUGACAGUAUUCAGAAAAAGGACAAUGUUAGCAAUACACCUACACAUGAAACUGAUAAUAUUAACAGCAUUUUUCUACACAAAAAAAGCACUGCAAGACCUACUGUUACAGGUCGCAUAUAUGAUAUGACGAGACCCGGCAAGACAAAAAUAUAUGGAAAGGAUGAAUCAGAGCAACGAUCAAAAACUAAUGGAGAUGGAAUUUAUGAAUUACUAGGACAAAAAUUGAAAAUUAUGCUUACGGAACAUUUACGAAACCUUUCUAAUCUGACAACAAAUAAGUCAAGCGAGGAGAUCAAAUCAGAUAUAAGUGAGGGUCAAAUAAACCGAAAUGAAGCCUCAGUGUACUACGAUAUAGGAAAUGAUCAAAAACUUGAAUCAUCUUCACUGUUGUUUACUAAUCGAAAUAACGCAACAGAAGAGGCUACCAGUGUACACACUUUUAUCACCAAUUCCCAACAAACAACCAAACGAUCGACUAAAUCGCAUAAUGAAACUGGAACUUUGCUUGAAUUGUCAAAUGACAUCAUACUGCUCGAAGAACACAAGGUAGGUGGAAAUAAAACCAACAUCAAAAUAGAUAUUCAAAAAGCUAUAUCCAAUAUGAAACAAAACGUAGAAAGUGCCAGUGAAGAAAUCAAACGCCUUUUCUCACAUGCACGAAGAUGGCUAUAA